CGAAUGAACCCUAGCGCCGAAAGUUGCAAAAGUCGCUCCAAAGCAACCAUCAUUCAGUCCUGAAUAUUCAAUGCCGACAGACCGUUGUCAAUCGAUCUCACCCAUAGCAAUACUCUUUGCCUACAGCCGUUGACCUCCUAGACCUUAUCCGGUUCGUGGGAGUGUAGCCGCACAUCCAGUCAGUUCUCCCACUCCACUGCCAUGCUUGGGCUUUAGCACAGCAUGGUCGCGACAAUGUCUCUCCACACGACCAAACCAUUCGCUCUCUCCGCCUCCCGCCCUUCAUCCUUCCUCCAAGCAUUCCGCAAUCUCUUCUGGACACCAACUCGCUCCCUAUAUGUUGCUACAAACCCACCCAAGUCAAUUCCAGAAUAUCCCUACGGCCCCGCCCGAUUCUACAAACAAUCAAACACAGGUCUCUACGGCGGCUCUAGAAUCCAAUUCGGAAACAAAAUCUCCAAGGGCCGAAAUAAGGGAAAGACAAGACGGACAUGGAAACCCAACAUUCGCCACGAAGAACUCUAUAGCGAAGCCCUAGGGAAGACUUUAAAGCUCAAAGUCCAGCAUCGCGUGCUGAGAACAAUUAAGAAGGUGGGGGGCUUGGACCAGUACCUCUUAGGCGAUAAACCGGCUAGGAUAAAGGAAUUGGGUGUUUUCGGGUGGAAUCUGCGGUGGAAAGUGAUGCGGUCAAAGGCAAUGAAGGAGAAAUUUGAGCAGGAACAAAGGGAACUAGAAUUGAAGGCUGCUGCAGAAUUGGAAUCCGCCGGACAGGAAAAGAUAGCUGUGCCGCGGAGCUCAGAGUAGUCGAGCGGAAAUUUUCAAUUUGGAUGGGAAUGGAUGUGUGCCUUUGAGUUGAUUGAUGUGUCGGGAGGGUAUCUGAGUCUAGGUUUAUCUUAUCUGUUCAACUGGUGUAAAUCGUCAGCCUUGCGCUCUGGUGGUGGCAGGAUGGGGCGGUAGAUGGCUGGAAGAUAUCUCGCACUGAUUGUUCACACACUUACCCCUGCUUACAAUGGGAUGUAUAUUAGACUAUGUAUUUUUUGAUGUCGUGGUAAUCAAUUAAUUUCUUUCUUCUCCAAAAUGUGAGCGUCCAAUCCUAGAUGACUACCGCAUCUGCGCCCCUUGGGUGGCACGCAAAUUUCACAUAUGUGCUAGUACUUUACAAAAUUAACUUUACAAUACCA